AUCGACAACACUGGAGCGCUGAGCCUGCGCGCUUGGAAAAUGGCUUAAACGCAUCUCGAACAAAGAUCGAGGAUCUCAGAUCGAAAGGAACUACCUGUUGGAGUGACCUUGCAGCAGGACUCUUCCAGAAGCGACCCUGAAGAAGGCCUCUUCGUGGAACUCCUGCUUUGAAUUCCCUUACAACCGAGGACUUAGAGCGGAUACAUUUAAAGCCAUGACGCUGAACGAGAGCGACGCCACUCGCCUGGAGUUGACACGCAACUUCCUGGAGCUGUCCCGCAAUCCGGAAACUUGUACCGCUCUGCGCAGCUCCGACUGCAUUCAGCUGCUAGUGCAGAUCCUGCACGCCAACGACGAAGGCCUCUCCACGGCAAGGAAGUAUGCCAGCCAGGCGCUGCACAAUAUUGUGCACAAUCAUCCGGAGGAGAAGGAGCGCCAGCGGGAGGUGAAGAUGCUGCGCCUGCUGGACCAGAUCCUCGAGUACUGUAACUUCCUGCGCACCCAGCUGCAGAGCGGGGGCGAGGCCAUCGCGGAUGAUGAGGAUCGCCAUCCACUGGCGGCCAUGAAGCUUUUGAUGAAGGCCAGUUUCGACGAGGAGCACCGCCAGACCAUGUGCGAACUGGGGGCUCUCAAGGCGAUCCCCAAUCUAGUGCAUCUCGAUCAUGCAGUGCACGGACCUGCUGCCGGCAGGGAACAGUGUAACGCCCUCAGGAGCUAUGGCCUCAUGGCACUCACGAAUCUCACCUUCGGAGACGAGAACGUCCACAACAAGUCAUAUCUGUGUGGCCAGCGGCAGUUCAUGGAGGUGGUAAUUGCACAGUUGAAUACGGCUCCAGAUGAACUGCUUCAGGUCCUGGCUGGAGUGCUUCGCAAUCUCUCCUGGCGCGCAGACAAGCAUAUGAAGACCAUAUUCAACGAACUGGGCACGGUGACAUCCUUGGCUCGAGCAGCAAUGCAAAACAAAAACGAAAACACCCUCAAGGCCAUACUCUCUGCGCUAUGGAAUCUCUCGGCGCACUGCAGCACCAACAAAGCGGAAUUCUGCGCAGUGGACGGAGCACUGGCUUUUUUGGUGGGAAUGCUCAGCUACGAAGGUCCGAGCAAAACCCUCAAGAUCAUCGAAAAUGCGGGAGGCAUCUUGCGCAAUGUGUCGAGUCACAUUGCAGUGUGUGAGCCAUACCGCCAAAUCUUGAGGCGUUACAAUUGCCUGGCCAUUCUGCUGCAGCAAUUAAAGUCGGAGAGCCUCACUGUGGUGAGCAACUCCUGCGGAACGCUGUGGAACCUAUCAGCGCGCUGUCCCGAGGACCAGCAGUACCUCAUCGACCACAAUGCCAUUCCCCUGCUGCGCGCUUUGAUCAGCUCAAAGAAUUCCAUGAUUGCCGAGGGGAGUGCUUCGGCUCUGAAGAAUUUGGUGAACUUUAGGGCUACACUGGAGCUGAUGCCCAAUGGAGAUGGUGGAUCCCUGCCGCUGGACAAGGAGUCUGGUCAUGGUGGCACCCUGCCACGAAGGUUCAGCUCACUUCGUCUUAGCUCGAAUCCCACAGGUUCGCUGAAAAAGGUUCGACCUUCCACAGUGAGCACAGCUGGCUUCCUGAACAGAAAGUGUGAGAGUCGCGAGUCCAUUUACUCGGGAAAGUCAGACUCCACAAAAUACUCAACCAAGUCGGAGGGAGCCAAGAACCCCUUCGAGAUUGUCACACCGACGGAGGAGCAGCCCAUCGACUAUUCUAUGAAAUACAUGGAGCACAAACCCAGUAGCAGUAAGACCUUUGAGAUUGACUUGGACCAGCCCACAGAUUUUAGUGCUAGAUAUAAGGAGAGACGAUCCGUUCAGUCGGCACAGCCGGAGAUUAAGACGGAGACCAAUGAGAUUAGGAGCAGUGAGUUGCAGUUGGCCAAGUCCUCCUCGGCCACAGAGCUGCGAAAUGGUCCAGGACUUGUGGCGGUUUCAGCAGCCAAGCAGAAACUAACCACCGAAGCGGAGACGGAAACAGCAGAGCGACCGAUCAACUACUGCGAAGAGGGAACACCUGGAAGCUUUAGUCGCUUUGACUCCCUGAACAGCCUGACGGAGAAACCGGAAAAAUGUAUGGCGCCAAAGACGCCAACGAAACCUGUAGUUCAGCUGGCACAACUGGACAGGAAUACGCCCCAAAACAUCGACUCUGCACUUGAAACUCCACUAAUGUUUUCCCGCCGCAGUUCGAUGGACUCACUGGUGGGCGACGACGAGACCAUUGCCUGCGAGGAUAAUGGAUCCGUGAUCAGCGAGUACAGUCGGAUGCAGAGUGGCGUCAUCUCUCCUUCGGAGCUACCGGAUUCACCAACCCAGAGUAUGCCACAGUCGCCGAGAAGAGAUAGAAAGAUGCCCACUCAAAACAACUUGGAGACACCGGAUAGGAAGCCUGGCAAUGUGUUCGAAGAUAAACUCAACAGAUUCCACGUGGAGCACACGCCUGCCGCCUUCUCCUGCGCCACUAGCCUAAGUAAUCUGAGCAUGUUGGAUGACACCAAUGCCAACGCCAUUCGAGAACAGCGUACAAAUGAUAUUAACGGAAAUGGAGAUGCUCCCCGUAGCUAUUGUACGGAAGACACGCCGGCCCUGCUUUCCAAGGCGCCAAGCAACAGUGAUCUUUCUAUUCUGUCCAUACCGAACGAUUUAAAUGUCAACGAAGAGGAGCCGCCAGUGCCUGCGCCUCGAGCUGAAGUUCCCGGUAUGGACACUCGGAUGCCGGCAGAGGACGCCAUCUCAAAAAUGCGCUGCGGCGGCAGUGCGUUGCCCAGUUAUCUGCCAGUGUCGGAUGAGAUGAGCAAGUACUAUGUGGAGGAUAGUCCAUGCACGUUUUCGGUCAUUUCCGGACUUUCCCAUCUCACAGUGGGCUCCUGCACGGCAGGGCCCGUUUCGAAGCUUCCCCUGAGGAAUCCGGAGGAGGCGCAGGCACCCAAGCUUCCUCCCAGACGCAGCGCCGUCCAAGGGGAAGCAGAGCCGCGUCUGCCGCCGAAGAAAAGUGACUCGCUUAGCUCACUCUCCAUGGACUCGGAUGAUGAUUGCAAUCUACUUAGUCAGGCCAUUGCGGCGGGAAGCUGUCGACCCCAACCGAGUGGAGCCAGUACCACAUCCAGUCUGGCCAACGCCAGCACCAGCACUCUGUCCAGGACAAAUGGACAAAAGAAGCAGCCGGAGGAUGGUGAUAAGCCGAACUACAGUUCGGAUGACUCGUUGGACGACGAGGACGAUGAUGCACGGUCCAAGUCGCUCUUCGAGCAGUGCAUUCUGAGCGGCAUGCACAAGUCUAACGACGCCCUGGAGUCGGAGGGUGAGCCGCCGGGCCAGCGACAGGAGACUAGUGCCCGGGAUCGGUUUGUCAGCAACCAGGUGCGCCAGAUUGAGUCCAUGCUAGCUGGGCGUCAGCACUAGCAGCGGAUGGAAGGUUAAUUGAGAAGCGCAUGCAUUUGUUGUUUGGUGGCUUUUAAUCUUGUCUAUGCAAUAAUAUUCUCACGGUCUCAAUUUUCCUAUAGUUCAGAUUAAAAAUUUGCACUUAAAUUUAA